GCGCCACACGUGCACGUGGCCCAUCUUCCAUGUUGGCAUCCUGGCAUGACCUGGCUCCCUGCCUGGGUCGGGGGAAGCCUGGCUGUGCUCCGGGAGCCCGGAGGCCUGCUCUGUCGCCACUUGGCACUUCAGCCAAGCUACCUCAGCUCCUUUUCCUAACAAAGGUUCCAAAGUGUCAGUGCCAUGGGGAGAGAGGGGGUUAUCUUGCUUACUGAGCAAACAGAGAGAAGCUUAUAAAACAACCCCCCGCAGUGGGGAGCGUGCACUCUUCCAGCGUCCCUGGGAUGCAGCCGAGCAUGGGCAUGGGAGCCCGCUGCACCCGGCUCCUGGCUGCGCUCCUUCUGCUAGGGCUCUGUGCCCUGGGGGGGGCCCAGAAACCUGAUCCCUGCCAAUGCUCACGCGUGAGCACCAAGAACAGGUUGAACUGCGGCUUCCCGGGCAUCUCCAGGGACCAGUGCUUCUCCGCCAGCUGCUGCUUCGACUCCAGCAUCCCCGGGGUCCCCUGGUGUUUCAAGCCCCUCCCCAAGGAAGAGUUGGAGGAGUGUGUCAUGGAGGUCUCGGCGCGCAAGAACUGCGGCUACCCAGGCAUCAGCCCCGAGGAGUGCGCCUCUAGGAAGUGCUGCUUCUCCGACACCAUCCCCCAAGUGCCCUGGUGCUUCUUCCCGCUCUCCGUGCAAGGUAACGUCCAGUUCCUGGACAGGGAUGGUUCUCGAGGGCAGUGGGAGCUGGGGCAGGGGAGGUCCUAGGCUGGGCAGGAUGCCUGAUGCCAUCCCGGCCAGGCCCCUGGACCCAGUGGGUGACCAGUUCAGGAAAAAGUGUCCUCGUGUAGGAAGCCACCUUUAUUGUGAACCAGCUCAAAAGGCAAUCCCAGAAUGUUCUCAAC